CCUCGUUCGUGCGCUUCCUGUCUUGGAGAGGAGAACUGGAGAAGAAGAAGAAGAAGAAUGGGGAGUGAGCUGAAACAAAAUUCCAACAAGUUACAACUCAACCCCAACUGGGCUAAUCUCCAAAAAAGCCUCACCAGCCAUGGCGGCCCAAAGCCUUCAAAACCAUCUACAGACCAAUCAGAAAUCCCAACAGGCAUAUUAGGGAAACGCAAGGAGAGAUCAGAUAGCAAGCUUGGUGAUAAUCCUCUUACUCCAGUUAGUGAUGACUUUAGUCUAACAGAUGCCGUAGCCAUGGAUUGUGAAAUGGUUGGUGUUGGUCAAGGGAACAGAAGCGCCCUCGGACGAGUUACGCUGGUUAAUAAGUGGGGAAAUGUCAUUUUUGAUGAGUUCGUUCGUCCAAUAGAGCGCGUUGUUGACUUUCGGACACAGAUCAGUGGCAUUCGGCCCCGAGACUUGAGGAAAGCAAAAGAUUUCUGCUUCGCUCAAAAAAGAGUGGCAGAGUUGAUCAAAGGGAGGAUUCUUGUGGGUCACGCAUUGCGCAAUGAUCUCAAGGCAUUGUUAUUAAGUCAUCGAAAGGAGGACAUACGUGAUACAUCAGAAUAUCCACCCUUUCAAAGGGAAGGGCACAGGAGCGCGCUCCGGCAUCUCGCAGCAUCGUUUCUUAAUGUUGAAAUCCAAAGUGGAGAGCAUUGCCCGGUAGAAGAUGCUCGUGCAGCAAUGCUGCUUUAUGAGAAAAACAGAAAAGAUUGGGAAAAAUUGGCUAAAGAUCAAAUAAGACUCAAACUAAAGCAGAAGAAACGCAAGCCAAGAAAGAAAACAAAGCAGAGAGAUGGUUUGCAUGCAGAUGAUGCUACAACCGCAGCCUAAUUAGUGAAUCGACUUCGUUUCGAAGAGUCAAAGUAAAUGAAUUUCGAUUUUGCGGCAGCAGAAGCAAGAACAUGGCGGACACAUCAUGGCUACCUUGAAGUUAUCCCGCCUUCAAAAGAUUGUAGGAUUCGGCGGGAUGAAAUUUGCGAAAAGAGUUGGCAUUUUUUUUUAAAAAUUUUUGUUUUUAGCAAAGGAGGUUGCUCAUAAUCUUAUAGCUUUACCAUUGACUUUUUCAUUCUUUUCAAAUAUUAGUGUUGCAUCCUUAAUAGGAAAAGCUUUCGCUCUAGUUUUUGGUAGCCAAGAAUAUUUUUACUUUAGCAAACCAUUCGAAUUUCUUUGUACCAAAUAGGACCUAAUUUGUAAAAUGAGGGCAAACUCAAAAGAGCUUGAUUUUGUUUCGGUACCAUAGGGAGAGGAGAAAUUGGAUGCAGGAAAAAAGCAAAU